AUGGAUAAGUAUAUCACGAGAUGGAAAAUUGGGCAACCAAGUUCUAGUUCUACUCGUCCAUCCGUUGCUUCAUCCGUAGCUCCAGAAAUUCAAAGGGAAAUCAUGGAUCCAGAAAUUCGAAGGGAAACAUUUCCUUCGGGUGUUAAUUUAGAAUCUUUUGGAGCUGAUCCGAGAAUUAGAAAGCCUGUUGCAGAAUAUAACCCUAAUAUACGUGAUGAAGUUAGGAGAUACUAUAUUCAAAAAGGGCCUUGCCAACCUGAGGUUCAUGAUUUUCCUAAAACUAAGUUUGGGAAGGAAAUGCGCCAGUUUAAUGCUAAUUGGUAUAAAGGUCGUCGUAAGUGGUUGGAGUACAAUAUAACAAAAGAUGUUGCAUAUUGUUUGUGUUGCUAUUUGUUCCAAAAUGAACAUGACAGUAAUGGAAAUACGAGUGAAACUUAA